AUGGCAGAUUUUUUGGAAUCUGAAGCAGAGGAGAGCGAGGUUGAGUCCGAAGAUGAACAACCAGCGGAGCGUAAAAAGCCUAAACGCAAAGCGGCUGUACAAAGCGACGACGAAGACGAAGAGGAAGAAGAUGAUGAAGAGCGUCUUCGUGAAGAAUUAAAAGAUUUAAUAGAUGACGCACCUAUAGAGGAAUCAGGUAGUGAUGGAGAAGACUCAGACGCUAGUGCAGGUCCAAAGAAAAGAAAAAAAAGUGAUGAUGAAUUGGAUGAUAGAUUAGAGGAUGAGGAUUAUGACCUCAUUGAAGAAAAUUUAGGUGUAAAAGUAGCUAGAAAUAAGUUUAAAAGGUUACGUCGCUUAGAGGAUGAUGACAGUGACAAUGAAGGUAAUGAUGAUCCAGAUUUGGAGAGAGAGGUUAUCGCAGAAAAACUGUUUGUGGGUGGAUCUGAUGAGGAAGAUGAAAACCGUUCAGAAUCAGCCGCACCUCGUGAAAUUGAUUAUGACGAGGAAAAUGAUGAGUUGGAGUCUGAUGCAGAUGAUUUUAUAGUAGAUGGGGAUGGCAGACCCAUUGCUGAAAGAAAGAAGAAACGUAAACCUAUUUUCACUGAUGCGUCCUUACAAGAAGGUCAAGAUAUUUUUGGUGUGGACUUUGACUAUGAUGAAUUUGAGAAGUAUGGUGAUGAUUAUGAAGACGAGGAGGAGGAAGACUUGGACGAGUAUAUAGAUGAUGAUGAAGAAGAGGGAGAAAGAAGAAGGACCAAAAAGGGUAAAGCUAAAAGGCCAAGCAAGAAAUCUAUAUUUGAGAUAUAUGAACCCAGCGAGUUGAAGAGGAGUCACUUCACUGACUUAGACAAUGAGAUUCGUAAAACUGAUGUCCCGGAGCGAAUGCAAAUCAGAGAAGUGCCCAUCACGCCAGUGGAAGAAGGAAGUACGGAGUUAGAGGAUGAGGCUGAAUGGAUCUACAAACAGGCUUUCUUAAAGCCACCCGUGUCUAAAGCUGACGCUCAAGAGGCGAGAGAACGCUCCAGACGUGGAUCAAGUACAGUAGUGAAGAUUCGUCAAGCAUUGGACUUCAUGCGGAAUCAGACUUUAGAAGUGCCGUUCAUAGCAUUCUACCGUAAAGAGUACGUACAGCCCGAGCUCAGCAUCAAUGAUCUGUGGAAAGUGUAUAAAUAUGACGCAAAGUGGUGUCAAUUAAAGCAGCGAAAAGAGAAUUUAUUACGUCUAGUAGAGAAUAUGAGGGAGUUUCAGUUAGAUAAAGUAAUGGCGGACCCCGACGCACCGCUCCCAGAAAACAUGAGACUUAUUAGGGAUGAAGACAUAGAAAGAAUGAAAAGUGUGCAAACACCAGAAGAGCUCCGCGACGUCCACACACACUUUCUUCUUUACUAUUCCAAUGAUUUGCCGGAGAUGCAGAAGUUACAGCGUGCCAAAGAAAAGAAAAGGGAGUUAGAGGAUAAGAAAAAAUCAGCACGCGAGGAAGCGGAGAAAAACGGGGAAGACCCGGACGAGGCGGCGGCGGCGGUGGACGCGGCGCAGCCCGACGACGACGAGCCCACGGAGGUGAAGUACGCCGUGCGUUCCGGCCCCUAUGAGUUGUGCAGGAAGGCUGGCAUUGAGCCAUUAGUAAAGAAGUUCGGUCUGAGCCCGGAGCAGUUCGCAGAGAACGUACGCGACAACUACCAGCGACAUGAAGUGGAGCAGCCUCCCGUGCCGCCGCUCGAAGCCGCCGCGCCUUACGCGCCAGCGGGGUGCUCCGCGUCGGAGGUGGUGCGGCGCGCCGUGUACAUGUGUGGCGUGCAGCUGGCGCGCGAGCCGCUGCUGCGCGCCACGCUGCGCGACGCGCUGCGCGAGCGCGCCACGCUCGGCGUGCGCCCCACGCCGCGCGGCCUCAAGGAGAUCGACGAGGGGCAUCCUUGCUUCAGUAUGAAGUACCUCAAGAAGAAGCCAGUCCGCGACCUCACAGGAGACCAAUUCCUCAAACUAACAAUCGCAGCAGAGGAUAAGUUGCUAGAAAUCAACAUCAGCGAGCAGAUUGAAGGCAACACUGGACCUAGUUAUUUAGAAGAAUUAAAACAAUUAUAUCAGAAGGAUGAAUUUGCGACGACAGUACAAGCAUGGAAUGAGCUCCGCGCUGAGGCAGUGACUCUGGCUCUCACUAAAAUAGUCAUGCCCGAACUUAGAAGGGAAUUACACGCAGUACUGCUUCAGGAGUCGAAGGAAUAUGUACUGAAGUGCUGUCGUCGUAAGUUGUAUGACUGGUUGAAAGUAGCUCCAUACGAGUCUAGGGUGUCUGAUGAUGAUGACGAGGAGUGGGACGCGACCAAUGGUCUCCGCGUGAUGUCGCUGGCGUACGUGCCGGACCGCGCGCACUGCGCGUUCGCGUGCGUGGUGGCGGGCGCCGAGCUGGCCGACCACCUGCGCCUGCCGCACCUGCUGGCGCGCCGCAACGCCUGGGACGCCGCCGAGCGCCGCAGCAAGGAGGCCGACAUGACCGCGCUCAGACGAUUCAUCCUACGCAAGAAACCUCACGUGAUCGUAAUAGGCGGCGAGUCCCGCGAAGCUCUCAACAUAAAGGCGGACGUCGCCGAGUGCGUGCAGCAACUCGUCGAGGACGAACAGUUCCCGCGCAUUCCUGUCGAAAUUGCUGACAACACUAUUAGUAAAAUAUACAGCAAUAGUAUUAAAGGGCGGAACGACUUCAGAGAAUAUCCAGACACAUUACGCCAGGCGAUAUGCCAGGCGCGCUUACUCCAGGACCCGCUAAUGGAAAUAUCUCAGCUAUGUGGACCCGACGAGGAAAUACUAUGUCUCAGAUACCAUCCCCUACAAGAUCAUAUAACCAAAGAAGAUUUGCUUGAAGGCAUUGAGUUGGAAUUUGUGAACAGAGUCAACGAAGUAGGCGUGGACGUAAACGAAGCGGUCCUAACUGGUCGGGGGACUGAGCUGUUACAGUUUGUAUGCGGUUUGGGUCCGAGGAAAGCUCAAGCUCUAAUAAAACUUUUUAAACAAACGAACCAAAAACUAGAAAAUAGAACCCAAUUGGUCACGUUAUGUCACAUGGGGCCGAAAGUGUUCAUCAAUUGUUCUGGCUUCAUCAAAAUCGAUACAAGCAGUUUGGGAGAUGGUACUGAAGCAUAUAUAGAAGUGUUGGACGGAUCUCGUGUUCAUCCCGAAACUUAUGAAUGGGCGAGGAAAAUGGCGGUAGACGCUUUGGAAUAUGAAGAUGAGGAUGCCAACCCUGCUGGAGCCUUGGAAGAAAUUCUAGAAGCACCAGAAAGAUUAAAAGAUUUAGAUUUAGACGCGUUCGCAGAGGAAUUGGAAAGACAGGGCUUUGGUAAUAAGAGCAUAACGCUGUAUGACAUUCGAGCGGAAUUGAACUCUAGGUAUAAAGACCUUAGGGUUCCUUAUCGAUCGCCAACCGCCGAGGAGCUGUUCGACAUGCUAACAAAAGAGUCACCAGACACUUUCUUCGUAGGAAAGAUGGUUUUGGCAACUGUAAUAGGUAUUACGCAUAGGAAACCUCAGAGGGAAAUGUUAGAUCAGGCUAACCCUGUGAGGAAUGAUGAGACUGGCUUAUGGGAAUGCCCAUUCUGUCAUAAAAAUGACUUCCCCGAGUUAUCCGAGGUAUGGAACCAUUUCGACGCAGGUGCAUGCCCCGGGCAAGCGACAGGAGUGCGCAUACGUCUGGACAACGGACUUUCCGGAUACAUUCACAUAAAGAACCUCUCGGACAGACACGUCACAGACCCCACGGAGAGAGUGCGCAUCGGACAGACAAUACACUGUAGGAUAUUGAAGGUAGACGUGGAAAGGUUCUCCGUGGAUUGCUCCUCGAAGUCUUCUGAUCUGUCAGAUAAGAAUAAUGAGUGGAGACCAUCUAAAGACCCCUACUACGAUCAAGAGGCAGAAGAUAAGGAUGUGCGUAAAGACACUGAAGCGAAGCAGACUAAAGAACGAAUGCAGUAUGUGAAGCGAGUUAUAGUGCACCCUGCCUUCCAUAAUAUUAGUUUUGCUGAAGCCGAGAAGCUCAUGGAGAACAUGGCUCAAGGAGAAGUUAUUGUCAGGCCUAGUAGUAAGGGUUCUGAUCACCUCACUGUGACAUGGAAGGUGGCAGAAGGUAUAUGCCAACACAUUGAUGUUAGAGAGGAGGGUAAAGAAAACGCUUUCUCCCUAGGUCGAAGUCUAUGGAUUCAAGGCUCAGAAUUUGAAGACUUGGAUGAAAUUAUUGCGCGAUAUGUGACACCCAUGGCGGGCCACGCGCGAGACCUCAUCGCGUAUAAGUAUUACAAAAAUCUCGGCGGCAUGCGAGAUAAAGCCGAAGAAAUACUUAAAGAAGAGAAAGCCAAAAAUCCCAACAAAAUUCACUACGUAAUAUCGGCAGCGAAAAAUCACCCCGGAAGGUUCCUAUUGUCAUAUCUACCCAGAUCAAGAUGCACUCACGAGUACAUAUCUGUGACGCCUGACGGGUACAAAUUCAGACAGAGGAUGUUCGAUUCAUUGGGAGGUUUGCUCAAAUGGUUCAAAGAGCACUUCAGGGAUCCCCCGCCUUCAGGCACCCCCGUGCAGCGCACUCCCGCCCUACGCACCCCGCACGGUGGCAUGACGUCAUCCAUGUACCACACACCCGCCGCGCACACGCCGGCCUUCCACACCCCCGCGCAUACUCCCGGCCCCGCCUACAUCAACACCCCCUACACGCCCUCCGCGCAGACCCCCUACAUGACUCCGUUCGCGACGACGCCCCGCCAACAGGAUUUCCUCACGCCGGCCGUGCCGAGGCACAAGCCGGUCCAGAUACCGGUCUACACGGAGCCCUCCGACUGGCAGAAGGCGGCCGAGGACUGGGUGCGGCACCGCUCCGUGCGCGAUACUCCCGCCACGCCGCGCAGCAGCGAGGGCAUGUCCACGCCGCGAGAGUCCAGCCGGACGCCGCGCAUGGACGCGCGCUCCACGCCACGACACGACAUGCGCGGCACGCCCCGCCACGACUCGCGCCACGACCGCCACGACGCGCGUGGCACGCCGCGCCACGACGCGCACGGCACGCCGCGGCACGACGCGCGCUCCACGCCGCACUCGGGGCGCUCGUCGCGCGCGCACUCGGCGCGCUCCACGCCGCACACCAACACGUCGCCGCGCUCCAUGUCGCUGGGCGACGCCACGCCGCUCUACGACGAGAAU